AAAAAAAAAAAAAAAAACAGGACAGAUAUGUCGGAGUUGAAGGAUCCGGCGAUCAAGCUCUUUGGGAAGACGAUUCCCUUGCCGGAGGCUUCUCCGGCCUCUCCUCUGCCGUCUUCUUUACCUAUUGACGAUAGCACUGCCACUGUUAAUCACGACCGCGAUUCUCCUUCUUCAACCGUCUCGCCGGAAGGCAAUAUCGAUGGCGACGACGACGACGACGACGAGGACGGUGAAGAUCUGGAGGCUGAUAAGGAGAUUGUAGGAGGGAAAUCAAAUGGAACUAAUGUGGAGGAUCUUGAUGGAGAUGGAGAUGAAAACUUGUCUAAAGUAGUUUGUGGUGAGGAAAGUAAUCCCUCAAGUACUACCAAGAAUGAUGAACAGAAUGAAACAAGUAACUCACAAGAGAAGACACUCAAGAAACCCGACAAGAUACUUCCCUGCCCUCGUUGUAACAGCAUGGAUACCAAGUUCUGUUACUAUAAUAACUACAAUGUUAAUCAGCCCCGCCACUUUUGUAAGAACUGUCAGAGGUAUUGGACUGCUGGUGGGACGAUGAGGAACGUUCCUGUGGGUGCAGGGCGUCGUAAGAACAAGAAUUCUGCUUCUCAUAACCGGCAGAUUAUUGUUUCGGAGGCGUUUCAGCAUGCUCGAACUGAUGUUUCUAAUGUUAUGAGUCAUUCUAGUCUUAGGCCUAAUGGGAAUGUGUUGGCAUUUGGUUCGGAUAAGCCUCUUUGUGAAUCGAUGACUUCGAUUUUGAACAUUGCUGAUCAAACAAGACAGAAUGGCAGUAGAAAUGGAUUUAAGAAACCUGAAGCUUUGAAAAUUCCUGUGGCUUAUGAGAAUGGAGAGCAUGAUCAUCAUCAGUCUCAGGGAUCUUGUGCUAAUGAAGAAGCUAAAAGUGGAAGACAAGAUCAAGUGAUUCAUGAUUGUCAAGGCUUUUUACCUCAGAUUCCAUUCUUCCCUCCUGGGGCUCCUUGGCCUUACCCUUGGCAUUCACCACAAUGGAGCUCUCCUGUUCCUCCUCCUCCUAAUUUCUAUCCACCAGGCAUUCCUGUGCCAUUCUACCCGGCUGCUCCGUUUUGGGGUUGUACCGUUCCGAACCCCUGGACCCUCCCGUGGCUUCCGCAACCACCCUCUCUGAGCCCCAUUACUCCAAACUCUCCAACCUUGGGGAAACAUUCAAGAGAUGAGAAUGUGAGCAAGCAGAGUGAUUCUCAAGACGCCGUGCAGGAAAAAGAUAACAAAGCUGAGAGAUGUCUUUGGAUACCGAAAACACUGAGAAUCGACGACCCUGGCGAGGCAGCGAAAAGCUCCAUAUGGGCAACUCUAGGAAUCAAGAAUGACAAAACUGAUUCAGUUAGUGAAGGGCUUUUCAAAGCCUUUGAAUCGAAGAAGGGCGACGAAAAGAAUCACAAAACCGAAUCUUCUCCAGUGUUGCAAGUCAAUCCAGCUGCAUUGUCGAGAUCUAUCAAAUUCCACGAAAGCUCGUAAAAAGGAUCCAGAAAGUCUGAUCAUCAAACGUUAUUUGGACAACACAAGUUGAAACCAAGUUAGAACUUCUAUGUGUUCAUCACUCAGUUCCGAAACUGUAUAAAUCUUUCGACCCAUCCCACAGCUUGAGUUCGGUAGCGGAACACGAAAAUGAGUUGAUUUUAUGUUGUAUUUGUAGUGUUGAAGAAGUAGGAGGCAUUUUGUUUGUAGUCUGGAAGUUUGUCUGAAUGAUGAUGUAAAUAGAUAUACAUAUAUAUAUGUAUGUAAAUGUAUGGGAUGAAGGAAGAGUUAGUCAGUAGCAGAAGUAAGUGAGGUGUAGUAGUAGUACAAAUAAUGACUAAAUGUGUACUUCAAUAAAUUCUUAGAAAUCAAUAAUUGAUCUCGCUUGUUAU